CCAUUUCGUCAUAGUACUGUUGAAACACAACACUGCGUAAUUUGACAAUUGAAAAGUAGCAACAGUAGCGGCAGUGCGACUUGGAAAAAGAUGUAAAUCUUCUUAAGGCGUUAAUUUGAGGAAAAUACCUGCAAAUAAGUGUGAAAACAAGUGAAAAGUGUGCCUCGCACUUUGGUUAUCAUCUUUCGAAAGAAAAAUCAUAAAUUUCGUUGCACAAAAACAAAGAAACGCUUGUGUGAAAGCAGUCGACAAAGUCCACAAGAGGAAUUUGGCAAAUUUGCAUUGUCCACUCAUUCUGAUUUACCACACAACCUCAACGAUACCUCGUCUGCCGUUGUCUUCGUUUAAUUGUAUUGUGUGUUCCCCUUAUUUUGCCAUUGCCUUUGAUUCGGAAUUUUAUCUUCUUCAUCAAAGCAGCACAGCAUUAGCAGUUGUAAAGAUAUAUAGAAGGUGAAAAAAGCAUUUGCUUAUAAGAAUUUAAAAGUGUGCACAAUUGAAAACAAUAAAGAAGCAAAAUACCAAAAAAAAAAAGCGGAAGAACGGCUGGAGUAAAUAAAAGCUUCAAAAGAUAGUGAAUCGUGUGAAAACAUCUGAAACAGAAGUUGAUUCCAAAGCAGUAAAGAGGAAAGGUAAAGACAGUAGAAAAAAGAACAGUUUGUGCGGGGUGUUAGCGACCGCCUGCUCAAGUGCCAAAGUGGAAGGAAAGCAAAAAGAAAGAAGCAGAGCAGAACUGAAAGGGGCAAAAAUAAGACAUAAUUUUGACAGUGAAAGAUUUUGUAAAAGGUCGCGUUGUAGCCAAAGACUCAUCAUAGCACAGCGACGACGAAGUGUGUAAAAGAAAAAAAGUGCGGUUGCGGGGCGCUGUAAAAUUGAAUUUAAAGCGUAAUUGUGACGAGAAAAUGGAAAUCGAGCCUGACCAAUCGAUAGAGGCAAUGGACACACAAGAGGUCGAAAUAAUCACAAGCGACCUGCCUAAUCAGCAACAGCAACCAUUGAAUAAGCUGCAUUUGCCAGCCGAACAGCUGCCCAACGAGAACGGCAACGGUCCGCCGCAGCAAUUACUAGCCGACACCACUUCGCCAUACGCCAACGAACAGGAGAUGACGUCCGUCGACGAUCCCAAGGACGAUCAGUUUCGUUCUGAAGCUACAUUUUCAUAUACGGUCGAGAAUAUAGCGCAACUGAAGCAACAACAUCUCUCACCACCCGUAUAUGUACGCAUGUUGCCAUGGAAAAUUAUGGUAAUACCCAAUGAUCGUGCGCUAGGUUUCUUCCUACAAUGUAAUGGUGAAAAUGAAUCACCUACAUGGUCUUGUAAUGCCAUCGCUGAAUUACGACUGAAAUGUCACAAACCGGAUGCACCACCAUUUACUCGUGCGCGUAUCAAGCAUCUUUUUUACUCCAAAGAGAACGACUAUGGUUAUUCAAAUUUUAUUACGUGGUCCGAAUUACAGGAGCCCGAAAAGUGUUACGUACACAAUGGCGCUAUCACAUUGGAGGUGCAUGUAGUGGCCGAUGCACCGCACGGUGUACUUUGGGAUUCCAAAAAACAUACCGGUUAUGUGGGACUUAAAAAUCAGGGAGCAACAUGCUAUAUGAAUUCGUUGCUUCAAACAUUAUAUUUUACGAAUCAAUUGCGUCGUGCUGUUUAUAAAAUACCAACAGAAGCGGAUGAUAGCACCAAGUCGGUGGGUUUAUCACUGCAACGUGUUUUUCAUGAUCUACAAUUCGGCGACCGCCCCGUAGGCACUAAGAAGCUUACCAAGUCAUUCGGUUGGGAAACGCUCGACUCGUUUAUGCAACAUGAUGUACAGGAAUUUCUACGAGUGUUACUCGAUAAAUUAGAAUCAAAAAUGAAGGGUACAUGUUUGGAAGGCACCAUACCGGGUUUGUUUGAGGGAAAAAUGUCUUCGUAUAUCAAAUGCAAGAAUGUUGAUUAUAACAGUACACGUUACGAAACUUUCUACGAUAUUCAGUUGAACAUAAAAGAUAAGAAGAAUAUCUACGAUUCUUUCAAGGAUUACAUAGCAUCUGAGACACUUGAGGGUGAUAAUAAAUACGAUGCGGGAGUGCAUGGUCUCCAGGAGGCAAGCAAGGGAGUUAUCUUCACGGCUUUUCCGCCCGUGUUGCAUUUGCAUUUAAUGCGUUUCCAAUAUGAUCCCAUAACAGACAGUUCCAUCAAAUAUAACGAUCGUUUUGAGUUCUACGAACGUAUCAACUUGGACGAAUAUCUGGCCGAGAAGGAGAAGACACCUGCCGAGUAUGUUUUGCAUGCCGUGCUUGUGCAUUCGGGCGAUAAUCAUGGUGGCCACUAUGUGGUAUUCAUCAAUCCGAAAGCGGACGGUAAAUGGUUCAAAUUCGACGAUGAUGUCGUCUCCAGUUGUGGACGCGGCGAAGCCAUUGAACAUAAUUACGGUGGCAACGAUGAUGAAAUAUCGUUCCAUGCUAAAUGCAGUAAUGCUUAUAUGUUAGUCUACAUACGAAAAUCCGAAUUAGAACGUGUACUCAGCGAUAUACCCGAAAAGGAAAUACCCAGUGAAUUAGUUGAACGUCUCGAAUUGGAGAAACGUAUCGAAAUGGCACGUCGUAAGGAGCGUAGCGAGGCAAACUUAUAUGUAUCCAUACAUGUUAUCCUAGAGGAAUACUUUGAGGCACAACAAAAGCGACGACUCUUCGAUUUGGAUAAGGUGCAUCAACGCCUCUUCAAGCUAAAGCAGACGCAAACCGUCGAAGAAAUGAUGGAUGCGUUCGUGAAGUCAUUCGGUGUGCCCAAGGAUCGUAUGCGCGUCUGGAUUAUGUUUGCGGCACAAACGCAAAAAUUUCUAUACUUUGAUUUCCAACGAGAGGGAUUGCGUCCAAUUGAGCAAAUCGCCACCGCACAGAAACCAUGGGUGAUCUUCCUAGAGUUGGCGUCACCACUUGUACCUGGCCGCCCGUUGCCACCGUUCGAUCCCAAACAAGAAGUGCUGCUAUUCUUUAAGUAUUAUGACGCAUGUAAUAAGCGCUUAAAUUAUAUUGGCUGCUCACAACAGCCACUAAGUCGACGUUUAAGCGAAAUCGUCACGGAGGUGAAUACACAAUUGGGCUUUGAGCCGGAUACCGAAUUGACGGUGUUCGAUGAAUGUCACGACAAGAAAAUUACCAAUAUCAAUGAACCACUAGAGAAUGUGCUUUACCUGCAUUCGGACAAUCUGCAGGGCAAUAUAUUAAUAUUCGAAAAGGAGCAUAUUGACAUCAAACUAGAUUUGCCUACUGUCGAAGAUUACUUCCUGGACUUGGUGUAUAGAGUGGAAAUCACAUUCUGUGAUAAAUGCAAUCCCAAUGAACCGGAAAUCGUGCUAGAGCUCUCAAAUCGCUACAAUUACGAUCAAAUGGCAAAAGCGGUCGCUGAGCGACUCAAUACCGAUCCGAACAAAUUGCAGUUCUUUAUGUGUGUCAGCAGUUACAAAGAGACACCUGGCAAUGCCGUACCAUACACCUUCAAGGGAACUGUUAAGGAUCUAGUCGCCUACUGCAAGCAGAGCGCUACCAAAAAGCUCUUCUAUCAAAGACUGUCACUCAGCAUCCACGAACUCGACAAUAAGAAACAAUUCAAAUGCAUUUGGGUCUCCAACGAUCUGAAGGAGGAGAAAGAGCUCGUAUUGUAUCCGAAUAAGAAUGAGAAUGUCAAAGGUCUAUUGGAUGAGGCUGCCAAAAAGAUACAAUUCGCUGAGAAUAGUCGUAAGAAAUUGCGAUUGCUUAAAGUGGCCAAUCACAAAAUCUCCACCAUCUACAAGGAGGAUAUGCCGCUGGAAGCGCUACAAAAGCCCAACGAAACGCUGACGACACAAAGUGCGCAGAAGAUUUUCCGAAUUGAGGAAGUGCCUGCCGAAGAUAUGCAGCUGGCCGAGAAUGAGAUACUCGUGCCCGUGGCACAUUAUAGCAAAGAGAUAUAUAAUUCCUUUGGUGUGCCAUUCUUGAUUAAAGCGAAACAUAACGAACCAUAUGGUGCGCUCAAACAACGCAUACAAAAGCGUCUGAAUGUGCCCGACAAGGAGUGGGAGAAUUUCAAAUUUGCCGUCAUCUCGAUGGGGCAUCCGAACGAGGUUAACGACAAUACACCGGUCGAUAUGGAGAUCUAUCGCACUUGGACUAAUGCACAUUUGCCUUACUUUGGACUCGAUCACAUAAAUAAAUCCAGAAAGCGAACAUCCUUAAAUUUCUCCGAGAAAGCGAUUAAGAUUUACAAUUAAAUUAGAAUGUAAUUGGCGUAAAAACAACAAAAACAAAACAAAAACAAAAACAUAACAAGAAGCUGAAACUCAUUGUGGGAUCGAUAAUGUGUGCGUGCAAAACCAACAACAACAACAACAAAAUGUAAUAACCGAGCAUUUGCGAACUGCCGAUUUGAAGGAGAAAAUAUGCGGAGAGAAGCAAAAACAUAAAAAAAAACAAAAAAAGAGGGUAUUAUAGCAGAAUAAUUUUAAAAUGGGGCUUUAUGGCUAAAGAGAGAGAGAUAGAGAAAGAGCGACGAGUUUAAAUUAUAGCACGAUAAACGAUAAAAACAAAUAGAAAACCAUAACAAAAAAACAAAAGUUGCUAAUGUAUGUCUUGUUCUUAUGUUUACAUGCUGCAUAUACGCCGAAACAACAACAACAACACGAACAUACUAAUUACAAUAGCUGCAACCGCAAUUGCAACAACACCGACCGAAUAUGUGCAGCUAACAAAGUGAAGCAAGCAAGUAACAACCAUCCGACCGACCGACCAAACAACCAACCAAUUUGUCAAUCAGCCAACUAACCAACCAACAACAAUUUUAAACGCAAACAAGGCAAAAAAAAAAAGAAAAACCAACAAAGCAGUGUAGAGUGUUUGUGAAUUGUUGUUUGCUUUUAUAGUUUCGAAUGUGUUUAAAAAGAGCUUCGCCUGCAAAAUUUCAACACACCCACAUACACACACGUACAGAGAAUACAACAGAAACUUGAUAACGUAUGAGUAAUAAAACAAAUGGAAAUACAGAACACACCUUAACAGAAACAAAAACAAAAACAAAUAAACCGAACUUUAAAAUUAAACUAAAAUAAAAUAAUAUUAAAUUAAAAAUGUACUACUUUAAUAUAAAUAUAUAUAUAUGCAUAUAUAUGAAUAUGUAUAUGUAUAUUUAAAAAAACAAAAACACAAAAGCAACCAACUUAGGCGUACGAUUGUAAAAGAAAAUUGAAAAUUUUAAUUUACGCGAAAUUUUGUUAUGCGAGUGCCGCAGAGUGCCCAAAAUGCAGAAAUCGACUUGGUGCUGGUGGCGUUGGCUGCGACAUUUGCUGAUGGUGGCUGAUAUGGUGGUAUCGACGUAGAACGUACGAUAUUGGAGCGCGCUAGAUUUUACAUUUUGUUGGCGUAUAACGCGCACAUAUGUAAAUUCUAACUGUUAGUUAGGUGACAUUUCAGGAGCGACAACUGUUUGUAUACCUCUAACCUGAUUUCGGUUUUGAAAGCAAUUUUCACACUUACCGCAGCAACAUCCUUAAGCAACGCAAUGCAUGCCAAGUCGCUCGCUAUAAAUGUAGGCAGCAGCAACACAAAAAACCAACAACAACAACAUCCAACAUGGAAACGCAUUGAAUGCAAGUAGAAUAAUUUGAAAUAUACAUACAUACAUAUACAUAAAGAAACACACACACACUUAUAUAUAUUAUAUUAAAGAGAAAAAAAUAGAGUUAUACAUAAAUUGAAUCUAACAAAACAAAAAAAAAUGAAGCGAUAAUAAUGAUUUUUAGCUAAACUAGCAUGUAACAGCAAAAAAAAAAAAAGCGUGAAACAUUCACAUACACUCGCACACACACAUGCAUAUAUACAUACGAUAUUUUACUUUGACGUCAAAAGGAUUUUAAUAACUUCCAUGUCGCACAUACCGUUAGAAAAGAGAUUUCUUUACUUCACUAACACAAACACAUAUGUACAUGCUGUAUGCUGCUUAGUGUUUGUGCGUUUGAUUGCCACUGUUGGGGGGGGGGAGUACGGUUGGUGUGCAAACGGUACGUCGUCUAUUUGGUAUGGUGAGCUAAAGGCAGGCUUUAUAUGAGCCCUUUUUAUGAUCUGAGGGCGGUUGUGUAACUAAUUGUAAGCAGCGCUAUUUGUAUGCACCGAGUAUUCCGUUGAUUAUUGUUAAUUUUUUUUAUUAAUACAUAUGUAUAAUCAAAAUUAAUUUGUUUUAAUCUAUGCAUUUUUUUUUCUAAAAAAAAAAAAAGAAAACUGAAUACACUCAACUUAUCGCAAUGCUGUUAAUUUUUUAAGCGUAUCUUCAACUCGGUUUGUUAAAAAAAAAAUAAUUUCAACAUAAGCAGAGGUAGGUAUUUUCAUUGAGAAUGAGUUUAAUCAUUGUAUGCGCUUAACUUUGUUAUACUUUCGCAACAAAUUUUUUAAAAGAGUUUUAUAGCUUUGUUCACAUAACGGCCCCGCCCCCUAAUAAGUUUUUUGUACAUAUCUCGUUAACUAUUAAAGCUAUAUAAAUCAGACAUUCUGCAGUCUUUUCCCUUACGUAUCCUAUUAUACAACAUACAAAUAGGUGACAUCGUAUUAUAACCACGCCCACCUGCCAUACAAAGGUUAUGUUGAAAAUUACUAAAAGUGCGUUAACUAACUAACAAAAAACGUCAGAAACACUAAAUUUUGCAGAAGAAAUUGCGAAAGGAAGCUGCACUCAGAUUUUUUUUU